AUGAUAUCUGUGGGAAAAGACACUCAAAAACCCCUCCCGUUCCCUCUCGCCCACAGCUACACCUGCCAUGAGGUCCGCGACGGCCAGUGGGAUGCCGUGACCCAAGGAGAGUGGUCAGGACUGGUCGGCGAGGUCGCGAGAGGUGAAGCGGACAACGCCAUCGCUUCACUCACCAUUUCUCAACAGCGAAGCACCGUCGUCGAUUUUCUCGUCAGCGUCGCAGUUUCCGGGUACUUCACUGAUCGCGCCUCCUUCGUGUUGGCGAAGGGUUCUCCCCUCGCGCCCCUCUUCAACAAUGUCAUCCUUGACCUCGGUUCGUCUGGCCUCCUCUCCAAGUUCUGGCUGGAGGUCAAAGUGACCACCAACGACUGCGGCGCCCUGGAGACCGCGUCCUUGGAGUUCCUGACGGUGGUGACGUCCUUCCUGGUGCUCGUCGUGGGGGCUGUGGUGUCCUUCGGUCUCCUGGGGGCGGAGUGGCUCCUUUCGCGAAGAAUCUGGGGGAGGUCCUGGGGGAUAUACCAAGAUAUUGGCAAUACUUACAGAGAUGAGUAUGUAUGGGCACGGAGCCUGGAGCCAAGUGAAGGUCGUGCUGAAUGGCCAAACGACCUGGCUUCUGUCGCGGGAAACGGGCGUCCCAAAUGGCCUCCACGUGAGGAAUCGAUUAUCAGGCAAUGUGUGCGUCUGAUUAGCGGCUCCCAAACGCGUGCCUCCACAGUACGACUUACUCACACGAGCGGCGGAGGCGGCGGAGACAGCGGGCGGCUGUGCUUCCUCGUGGGAAUGUUCAUUAGCGGCGUGACGUCACCAGCCUCAUUGUCCACCGCACCUGCAGGAGAUGUGUCUGUCAUAAGCCUUGCGGGCGCUCGGCAACAGCUUUAA